CAGGGGGCAUGGCGGUCGUCAGCGUCGGAACCCCUGACACUGUUGGUUGCUAGGGACGUGCGAACGACAGCGGGCCCCGCCAAGCAGGUGCAACCCAGCAAAGGAAAUAGCGAUCACCUAUGCAGCACCAGCUGGCUCUGGGCCGACAGCUGCGAGGUUCCACCGUUCAUUUUUAUGCACGUAUGCAUUAGUUAACGUUACCAUGUGAAUUUGCGCCCCGGCUUGAGCUGCGAACACGCCCCAAAGUCGCGAUUGGAGGCGCCAAACCGCGUUGAGUGCACAACCCAUGCCAAGCACUGGCCUACAUAGUAUUCCUGGCGACAUCUCCGAAUGAAGCUCUCGAGAACUUCCGCUAGAUCUGGUCGAGAUGUCUAAAAGUGGAGAUAUCAGAGGUUUCUUCAAGAAAAAAACAUCUCAGGCUUCAUCGGCUACAGGAGCGGCAGCAUUUUCAUAUACCAACAGCGUAUUCGAGGUGGGGCCUCACCCACCUGAUGAGCAAACACGCCGGAUAUCACCACCAGCGCCCCCAUCGCAGGUUUUGUUGGACCUGCCGUCUUCGCCGAUAACUCCGCAAAAGAAGAACAAACCUAAACACAAGUUUGAUAUGAAAACUCUGCUCAGCCAUGCCAGAAAGGACAAUGAGACGGAGAAAAGUGCUCGCAGGGCCGAAGAAGCCAAGGCGCAAGCCGAGAAGGACCUAGAGCCUGAACCAGAUGCGAACAAGAUGGCAGGCGAGUUCUUCAGCGACGACGAGGUGAAGGGAGAAAAGCUUGCUAUGGCUCUUGAUCGAACGACUGGUGACGAGUCACGUCCUAGAGCUUACUUUUUUGGCCUGGAUGAAGCGCCGCGCAGCCCCCCCAGGCGACAGUUCCCCAGGAAGGCUGUCAAGGCAAACCCGUGGAGCAUUCUCCAAGAUGCAAGCUCGAGAAGACAGACGAUCAUCCACGGGCUGCCAACGAUCCUGGCGAGGAGGGGCAAAGAACUGCCUGACGAGCUCUAUCUCUGGAUCCUUGAUGAGAUAUGUGUCGAAAAGGACCUUCAACUACGCAAUCAAUAUAUCAACCUGGCAACUACCUGCCUCGAUGACAUGCGCCGUCUCGUUGACGAGAAGCAGCUGUAUAACAUGCUGGAGAAGUUAGGGGGUCAGAAACACUCAACUAUAGACGACAAAUUCGAGCUAUCACCUGGACUACAAGCCCCUUACCCUAGUAGAGACUGGUCACAGCUCAGAUAUUUCUUGGAGCUCUUGCAGGUCAUGGCACCUAAUCUUGCCCAUGAGAAUAAAAUGGGGGCGAUAAAGAUGCUUAUACGGCUCAGUCUUGACCCUGUCAUCUCAACUGUGGCUGGGCUUCAGGUUGCAUACUCGAAAGCUAUGCUCGCAUUAGUGUCCGCCUUGCCUGCGCCAGAGGAUCAGUGGACCAACUGUUGCGAGAAUAUAUGCAACUACUUGUACACUCGCGUAGACGCAGCUUCGCAGCGCAACAUGGCCAUAACGCUUCUACCAGCAUCUACGCCUCGCAUGGUCGAGCUUCAGAGAAGGCUUGCGUCCGAGGCGUUGCUGGGCGAACCGAAUCUCGGGGCCAGGCACCCCGACAAGUCCGUGACAGCCCAGGACCUCUUCUCCCGCCUCUCGGAGCCGGAUUUCCAGAUCACAAGCUCGACCGACUUCGGCGAGUUGAACGCCCUGAUCUCACUCCUCGACAUCACCAUCCACGACGGUUCGCACUUGUACCGAGCGCGCCUAUUUCCCUCCGUCUCGAGAACGUCGGCCUCCUCCUCCUCCACGCUCGCCCCCAUGCCCACGCCCUCGUCUCUGGCUUCCCCGUCGACGACGCCGUCCCCGGCCUCGGAGGCCGAGGCCAGGGCACAGUAUGACAUGGACGUGGACGGCCUGCUCAGGAGGCUCAAGGUCAUGCACGACAAGAUCAGCGACAACACGCUCGUGGUCAAGAAGGAGGCCAAGGCCGCCAUGGACGGCCUGAUGAAGCGGCUCAACCACACCGUCCGGUCGCGGCCGCAGCCCAAGGAGGACAUCUUCGAGGGAAUCCUGGUCUCUUCCAAGAAGGACAAUGCCGAUCUGCCUAGACAGAAGGACUUUAUGAAGAAGUGGACUGCUGCGAAGGCUGCCAGGGCUGCGGAAUAAAUAGGAUUUUCUUCUCCUUCUCCUUCUUCUUUCCUAUUGCGGUGAGAAGGACACCAUUACAAACAAACAAAGAACAAACAAACAAAGAACAAACAAACAAUAAGGCCAGUGCCGUCUGAUGGGUAAAAGUUCUCCGGACGCACAAGUCAUCAUCUCUCCUAGGAUGCCGAUCACGAUUAGCGAAGUAAUUGAAAUCAUUGAUGUAUUGAAAUCAACCUGCUUGUGUGCGGAAACUUGUCCCUCCGCUGUAUGUAUACACAUCGUC